AUGGCGCCGCAGCUGCUGCAUCUGCCCGAUGGCCAGACCUUCACCGUCACGCCCGUCUUCGCCGGCCUCGGCUUCAAGAGCCACGAGAUGAACAUGCACCCCAACGCCUUCCCCGUCGGCUGGAACGUCGUGCUGCACACCGAGGAGGAGGUCGAGUCGCCCUUUGAGCCCUACGAGCGCCGCCGCCGCAGCGAUGCCGACGAGGCUGACGAGGCUGACGACAAGGACGCCCCAAACGAGGACGACAACGACGACUACAGCAACCGCAGCAGGUCGUCGCGGCCGUCGUCGUCGCGCAUAAAGACCCGCGUGCACCCCUUUGUGCGCCCGACGCUGCACAAUGACACGCUCUUCAUCUCGUCCAUCUCGAAUCCGUCCAACUCCGACUUCAAGCCCGCCGCCAGCCCCACGCGCCAGAUCGCCAUGAUGCUGUGGGUGACGCUGUACUGGUACUUCCACCAGCCCAAGCCCAGCGCCCAGCUCGACGUGGCCGCCGCCAGAGACACGCCCGACGAUGCAAAGCCGAGAGGCGAGUGGCGCAUCAACAUCAAGCGCGACGGUGUGCUGCGCGGCCGCAACCUGAUCCCGAAGCUGGAGCGCAUGGGCCUGAUUGCAGCGGCAGACAGUUCGUGCGGAACAAGCCUUGACGAUGGCGGCGACGAGUGGGCGCGCAUGUUUGUCUCGCAGCGCAUGUUCUGGCAGAUCCCGGGUCACCUGUUCCUCUUCACGCUGCAGCCCAACAACCGGGCGUUCUCGUCCGUGCCUGGGUCGCCGGUGACUAGUCGUCCCAACUCUCCCAUCCAUAGCGAGUCGAGCCAGUACCCGUCCUUGGAUAGCCUUGCGCGCAUGGACAACGACCUUCCCGGCGCACCAAUGCCGACAAGCGUCCCGACGGCACAUACCGUGCCCCUGGGGCCCUUCUACUCGUCUUCGCAUCUGCCGACGUAUUUUCCUCCGCCGCCGCUACAGUACACCUUCACAGACGGCGUUCGACACCCGGUGCGGCCGAAACCCCAUAGGAUGGGGGAGAUUUUCUAUUCGCGUUUCGUACCUAGUGUUGGACGAUACCUGUCUCUGCGGGUUGCCUCGACGUCGACGAAGCCAGUGCCCUACCUGGGCCCCAUUGGAUCCAAGCCCCAGGAACACGCACACUUGACCUCUUUAACAGACAUGCAGCUCCUCCACACGUGGAUGGCGAAACCCCGAGUCAGCGAGUUCUGGGGCGAAUACAAGCCCGGCUUCCUCGAGGGUGUGCUCGAGAAGCGGCACUCUUUUCCGGUCAUUGCUGCGUGGGAUGGCAUUCCCUUUGGCUACUUUGAGAUAUACUGGGUGAAGGAGGACAUUCUCGGUCGACACCUGGCCGCGGGCGCUAGCGACUUUGAUCGGGGGGUUCAUGUCUUUAUUGGCGAGGAGUGGGCGAGGGGAAAAGUGCCUUCGUGGCUGACGAGUCUUGUGCAUUGGUGCUUUAUUGCGGAUAACAGGACGAUGAGCGUGUCGCUGGAGCCGAGGAUUGAUAAUGGGAGGUAA